UGAUGACAUCACGUGAGGCCGAAGCUCCGAGAUGCUCUCUGAAGCGAGAGUCUGCAUCCCAUGCACCCGGAGGAACGGAAGGCAGGAUCGCGGCUCCCUCGGUGCAAUCCUCAAACAGGAAAUCUGAGAUUCAUAACAUCUUAUAGUUUGGCUUGUCAUCACUGGUCAUGCGGUGGGCCCGAAAUAAACUCCCUGCUUCAAAGGAGAGCGUUUCAGAACUGCCUGGCAGAGCAGCCAGCAGCUUGGGGCCAGGGCAGAAGGAAAAGUCGGGGAGCAUGUUCUGAAUUAAGACACUCUCAAGAAAAACCGUUUUAUUGUCCCUGAGAGGUAGCCUUGUUCAGAGCCUAACAGGGUUUUCCGAUUUGCCGUUUCCUCCUCCACACUGAGGGGGGCUGGAGGCCACAGUGGGAGGUGGAAGAGGAUGGCCACGGAGAUCAGUGCUCGGGGCAGCCAGGGCACCAUUGGGCACGAGGAGUACAGCCUGUACAGCAGCCUGAGUGAGGAAGAGCUGAUGCAGAUGGCCAUCGAGCAGAGCCUGGCAGACAAGACACGGGGCCCACCCACUGCUGAGGCCACCGCGUCUGCACGUGCCAACCGCCAACCUGCCCAUUUCUACCCAUGGACCAGGUCCGCUGCGCCUCCCGCGAGCCCUCCGGCCCCGGCUCCCAUGGGCUUGUUCCAAGGGGUCAUGCAGAAGUACAGCAGCAGCUUGUUCAAGACCUCCCACCCAGCGCCCGUGGACCCCUUGCUCAAGGCCAUCAAGGACGGCGACGAAGAGGCCUUGAGGGCCAUGAUCAAGGAUGGGAAGAACCUCGCGGAGCCCAACAAGGAGGGCUGGCUGCCGCUGCACGAGGCCGCCUACUACGGCCAGCUGGGCUGUCUGAAGGUCCUGCAGAAAGCAUACCCUGCGACCAUCGACCAGCGCACCCUGCAGGAGGAAACAGCCCUGUACUUGGCCACAUGCAGGGGACACCUGGACUGCCUCCUCUCACUGCUCCAGGCGGGCGCGGAGCCUGACAUCUCCAACAAGUCCCGGGAGACACCACUCUACAAAGCCUGUGAGCGCAAGAAUGUGGAGGCGGUGAGGAUUCUGGUGCAGCACAACGCAGACACCAACCACCGCUGCAACCGAGGCUGGACGGCUCUGCACGAGUCUGUUUCCCGCAAUGACCUGGAGGUCAUAGAAAUCCUGGUGAAGGGCGGCGCCAAGGUGGAGUCCAAGAACGCCUACGGCAUCACCCCCUUGUUCGUGGCAGCCCAGAGUGGGCAGCUGGAGGCCCUGAGGUUCUUGGUCAAGCACGGCGCCGACAUCAACACACAGGCCAGCGACAGCGCGUCUGCCCUCUAUGAGGCCUGCAAGAACGAGCACGUGGAGGUGGUGGAGUUUCUGCUGUCGCAGGGCGCCGACGCCAACAAGGCCAACAAGGACGGUUUGCUCCCACUGCACAUCGCCUCCAAGAGGGGCAGCUACAGGAUCGUGCAGAUGCUGCUGCCGGUGACCAGCCGCACGCGCGUGCGCCGUAGCGGCAUCAGCCCGCUGCACCUGGCGGCCGAGCGCAACAACGACGAGGUGCUGGAGGCGCUGCUGGGCGCGCGCUUCGAUGUGAACGCGCCGCUGGCGCCCGAGCGCGCACGCCUGUACGAGGACCGCCGCACCUCGGCGCUCUACUUCGCCGUGGUCAACAACAACGUGUACGCCACCGAGCUGCUGCUGCUGGCCGGCGCCGACCCCAACCGCGACCUCAUCAGCCCGCUGCUCGUGGCCAUCCGCCAGGGCUGCCUGCGCACCAUGCAGCUGCUGCUGGACCACGGCGCCAACAUCGACGCCUACAUCGCCACGCACCCCACCGCCUUCCCCGCCACCAUCAUGUUCGCCAUGAAGUACCUGUCGCUGCUCAAGUUCCUCAUGGACCUCGGCUGCGACGGCGAGCCCUGCUUCUCGUGCCUCUACGGCAACGGCCCGCACCCGCCCGCCCCGCAGCGCUCCAGCAGGUUCAACGACGCGCCCGCCAGCGACAAGCCGCCCGGCGUGGUCCAGUUCUGUGAGUUCCUGUCUGCCCCAGAGGUGAGCCGCUGGGCGGGGCCCAUCAUCGAUGUCCUCCUGGACUACGUGGGCAACGUGCAGCUCUGCUCGAGGCUGAAGGAACACAUCGACAGCUACGAGGACUGGGCCGUCAUAAAGGAGAAGGCAGAACCUCCAAGACCUCUGGCUCACCUUUGCCGGCUGCGAGUUCGAAAGGCCAUUGGGAAAUACCGUAUAAAACUCCUAGACACCUUGCCCCUCCCGGGCAGACUGAUUAGAUACCUGAAAUACGAGAACACCCAGUAACCGGGGCUGCAGGGAGAGAGGAGUGACCCCUCAGACUGUUUUUACUAAGUCUCAGGACGGUAGUGUCCCCAAACCCAAAGGGACCUGGUGACAGACGAGGCUGCAGGCUGCCUCCCUCUCAGCUGGGGCAGCUGCCGGGAUUUCGCUGGGUCUCAGGCCAGCGCUUUGGCCAGAGCAGAGAACAGAAUGUGUCAAGCAGAAGAAUUGUUUGUUUUCAAACUGAUGAGUAGAUCCCGACCUUCGGUGCCAUUGGGAAUGGCAGAAACCUCCAUUCCUGGGGCCAGGGGAGGGGCGGGGGCAGAACUUGAGGUGGUCUGGGGAAGGUGGGGCCCAGCGGGGACCUCCUCCAUCCCUGGCUUCAGAGCAUUCCCCGAGCACUCCCCUCGCUCUGUGAAACUGCCCUUGACUUCUGCUCUUUCCCUCCAAAGAUGAAGAGGAGGACGUGGCCCGGCGGGGGUAGGGAGACCCUGGGGGCUUCCUUAAGUACAAUAAAGUUACACACAUGA